AUGGAAUUUUCUCUAUUCAAUGUUUAUGGGCCGACCAAGACAGAAGAAAAGAAAAGGGUUUGGAAAGAAAUUUUAGAUCAAAUUAGUAUGAUUGAUUUGGAGAAAGCAAUUGUGGUGGGAGAUUUCAAUGCAUUACUUAACAAUGAAGAAAAAUUUGGAGGCUUAAGAAUGAAUGCCCGAGUGAUGGAAGAUUUCAGAGAUUUUGUGAUAGACAAUAACCUCUUUGAUGCUAUCUCUAAAACAAGAAAUUUUACAUGGACUAAUAGGAGGGCAAAUUUUAACAAAAUCGUUGAGAGAUUGGACAUAAUAUUUGCUGGAUCAUUUUGGAUUAGAGGUAAGUUUGAUUUGGAGUCAUUCAUCCUGCCCAUAACCCUUUCAGACCAUUUUCUGAUACAGUUGAACUACACAAUACCAUUGAUAAAGGUGAAAGGGAAUUUUAAAUUUUUGAGUAUGUGGUGGAGAGAUUCAAACUUCGAAAUAAACAUUGAGAAGUGGUGGAAAGAAUGCAUAGACAUUAAAGGCACUCCAAGCUAUUGUUUUGUCAAAAAGAUGAAAUAUCUUAAGAACAAAAUUAAAAUGUGGAAUGUGGUAUCCUUCAAGAAUAAUUUUGCUAAGAAAAUAAGGGUGGAAGAGGAACUAGAUAGGAUCAAUAACAUGGUAAUUGAAAAGGGGAUGACGAAUGAAGAGUUUUAUGCUGAGAAUUCUCUUAAAGCUGAAUUGGUAGAAAUUCUUCUAAGAGAAGAAAUGUUUUGGCAGGACAAAUCCAGAGAAUUAUGGAUAGAUGCAGGGGAUUCAAAUUCCAAAUUCUUUCAUGCCUCUUUAAAAGCAAAAAGGAAUAAAAAUAGAAUUAAUCAGUUGAUGGAUGAUUCGGGCAAAAUGGUUGGAAAAGCAGAGGAGUUAGAGUACAUAGCAGUCAAAUAUUUUGAGAAAAUUUUGGGAUCCUCAGUGGGGGCGAGAGAUGAAUCUGUUGGAUAUUAUUGA